CGCCGUGCUACGACACCGGUAUGGUCACUGAGUGCUGCUAUAUGGGAAACGUAUAGCUCAGCGGGUGUCCUCUUCUCCCUUUUUCUCGUGCUCUCUCACACGGGCGCGCUCGUGCAACUAAGCGCCUACGUCAGAAAAAAGGGAGAACAACACUGUCAGUGAGCACUUAGUGUACAACAGCCAUUGUGUUUGGUAUAAGCCGGUGGUGGUAACUACGACAGCACGAAGGCUGCCAGCCGUUUGUUAUUACCGCCUAAAAACCUGACUAGUGGGCAUGCCGCGCAUAACCGCUUCAUCAACACCACCUUGCUGAUCACGUCAACAUGAGCGCGCCGAACAAGUCUUCGGAGAAAAGAAACGGCCCCAAAAAUAAGCUGGAUAAGCUUUUAAAGGAGAGAAAAUGCACAUUUCCCCUUCUGAUCAAGUGCAGCGGUCCGAGCCAGACAUGGGGCCCUGGGUCAGGGCUCAUUCCAGGGAAGGAAUGCCGCAGAUCUUAGAUGAAAGAAUAAUUCAUGAGACAUCACGACCAGAGGCCUUUCCUCACCCUCACAGGCUCCCAGCAGAAGGCAACCGUAUUGGAACAAAUCGGCCCUGCUCACAGGUCAGUGCUUUCCCACCGAAUGAUGCUGAACAGCUGACCAGAACAUGUUCUUUGGCCAAGUCUAUCCUCCACUGUGCAAGGACAAAGUGCACAGUAGUCUCACGUCCUCACUUCUCCUCUCUCUUGCUCUUUCAGGUGUUGCAUGACCACAUUGCCUACAGGUUCGAAGUGCUGGAAGUGAUCGGGAAAGGCUCCUUCGGGCAGGUCCUAAAAUGCCUGGAUCACAAGAACAAUGAACUUGUAGCCAUAAAGAUAAUCCGCAAUAAGAAAAGGUUUCAUCACCAGGCUCUUGUGGAGCUGAAGAUCUUGGAUGUGAUAAAGAGGAAAGACAAAGACAACCUCCACAAUGUCAUCCACAUGAAGGAGUACUUCUACUUCCGAAAUCACCUUUGCAUCUCCUUUGAGCUUCUGGGGGUGAACUUGUACGAGCUCAUAAAAAAAAACAACUUCCAGGGCUUCAGCCUCGCCCUUAUCCGGCGUUUCGCUCAUGCACUUCUGAGGUGCCUGCAGAUGCUGCACAGGGAGAAGAUAAUCCACUGCGACCUCAAACCGGAGAACAUCCUUCUCUCUCAAAGAGGGCCAGGCAACAUCAAGGUGGUCGACUUUGGCUCAAGCUGCUAUGAACAACAAAGAGUGUACACAUAUAUCCAGAGUCGCUUCUACCGCUCUCCAGAGGUCAUCCUGGGUCACCCUUACAGCAUGGCCAUUGAUAUGUGGAGCCUGGGCUGCAUCCUAGCUGAGCUUUACACAGGCUAUCCUCUCUUCCCUGGAGAGAGUGAAGUGGAGCAGAUAGCUUGCAUAAUGGAGGUCCUUGGAAUGCCUCCAAAUGAUUUUGUUCAGUCAGCAUCGAGAAGGAGGUUGUUCUUCGACUCUAAAGGAAACCCAAGAAAUAUCACUAACAGCAAGGGGAAGAAACGGAGACCGAGUUCCAAAGAGCUUUCAGCUGUGCUGAAAACGAAUGAUGCUGUCUUCUUAGACUUCAUCAAACGCUGCCUCAGCUGGGAUCCAAGUAAGCGCAUGACUCCUGAUGAGGGGUUACAGCAUGAGUGGAUCCUACAAGGAAAUUUCAACAAAGUCCGGAGCAGAACCAAGCCUGCAGCCAAGAAGACAUCAGACAGUUCGACCAGCACAGACAAACAAGCUAACAGCUAUCCUGCAGAGAAGGUCAGCUCGGAAAGCAACAGCAGCGACAAGCUGAAGAGAGACAGUUCAGAAACCGGAACAAAGAUGGCUCCCGCAGAGCGUCUGCGUCCCAUUGGGGCCUCGGCAGAAGAGGAGGUGUGUGAAAGUGAAGGCAAGCUGUCCACAGAUACCAAGCAACAGGAAUGGAGCGGAGAAAGGCCCAUACACAUCAUCAUCAAACCUCAAGAGGAAGAUGACACAGAGAAGAAAGAUAUUCAGGAGGCAUCUCAGGAUUUCUCACCUGCUGUCUAACAAACGGAGAUAAACAUGCUACAAUCAUGACAAAUGGGAACAGAGAACAUUCAAAUAACACGAUUGAGAAAGCUGAUUUUGAAAACCCCGCACAUUCACAGAGUCAGUGAAACGUUACCACUGAUAGUAACAGACACACUCACACACAGAAAACGUCUCCGUUUCCACGUGCCGUGUAGAAAACACUGAUGUAUGGAGUAGAAACAACAAUAAACAGCAAAGACAGACGUCGUUUUUAUUGUUUAAACUAUUCAGUCGUAGUGUAUUAUCAUUUGUUUGGUGAAUCUUUGAGUUUUUAUGACAGUGAAGUCAAUCAACCAGUUGCAUUUUUGAAUGAAGUUGAGAUGCAGUUGUUAGUUUGUCUAAAUGUGUCACAAACUGUCUGCCACACAACAAUGUACAGAUGGUGCAGCAUAAACUCUCUUACUGUUUAUGAACCCCAAAAAUCUUUGCUGUGCAUUGAAAAUCUCAGAUGAGCUGAUGUAAAAAGAAAAGUGUGGUGGUGCAAUAAAGGCUGAGCCAAAUGUUUUUUCAGUUGUGAUAUUACAGAAAUAUUUCUCAUGUACAUUUUAAUUAUAGUAUGAAGUCGAUGACAUACUGAUUAUUAAUUACUUUAUCGCUGUUUAUUGUGGAAUAUAUUUGACCCUUUGUUUCAUAUUUGUUUAACAGUUUAAUUCAACAAACAUUAAAGAUUUGUAACAGAAUUUACUGUAUAUAUAUAUAUAUAUAAAUGUAUGUUUCAGCUGUAAUUUCUUAUACAUGUCAACCACAGACCAUAUUAUGAGAAAAUAUUUCAGAUACUUGUGGGGGACUUAGACAAGGUUUUACUUGUUGUCUUGUUACUGUAUGAAGAAAUUUUGUAUGUCUGUGUUAUUACCAACAUUUUUUAUAUUAGAUACAAAAAGACAAUCCUAUUAUUGAUAGUUUGUGCCUUGCAGUAUUAGAAAUCUUGCACUUUAAUAUUGUGUGUAUACACCUGAAGUUGCUGAAUUCUUACCCGAAUUUGAUUUAACCUGCCAGGAUCCUUUUUAUUUUAUAAGAUCUUAUAUAAUAUUACAGGAGAAAUUGAAAAAAACUUGCAUUUUAUUAGUUUUUUGUUUGUUUGUUUGUUUGUUUUGGGGUUUUUUAGUCGCCAUAAAAGAUCUGACAUAAAUUGCAGAUAAGCCCUCGCUUUGUGUUCGCUAAGAAGGCAGAUAUGCUGAAAUAAAGGAUUGUAGCUGAAAUAAGAAAAGUCCUGAUAAAUCUUUUUUUUUUUUUUGACGGAAUAAAAGACGAGAAAAAAGCUGUUUCAGAAACCAUGUGUUUGAUAUAUCCUUUUUAUUCAACCAGAGAUAAAACGAGGCAUGUUCAUCACUUUGUGAGCGUCAUACAGUUUGGACUACACUAGUUUCCGUUUAUAUUAAUUAAUCUUUUAAGUUAAUGUGUUAUUGGUGUAAUUCGUAUUUUCAUGAUGUAAUAUUCACAGCAAAUUAACGUCUUAACGGGUACAAUAACCAUCAAGUUGGCAGACAUGAGGCCACAACGAAACAGCAAAUAAAUAUUUGAAUAUACAAUUCAGUAAUAAAACAGAAACGAGACAAUACCAUUAAUCGAAAUGUAUAAUUAUAUAAGUAGUGUUUUAUCAGUUUAUGCUAAUAAAAA